AUGGCGAGCAUCUGCCCAACCACAUUUCGGCUAUCCAAGCAAGGCGAGAUCCGAAGAUUCCGGAAGAUAUAUACGAAGCUCAUGAUGGAACCGAAGCUGGAGCGCAUGCCUGAAGUCGACCAAAUCAAGAUAGCAGAAGCCAUCUACCGAGGCAAGCUACGUCUCUACGACAACGGUAUGCUGGACGCUACACCACGUACAUCCGAUGUUAUAGCCACUACCCACCGAAACAGCGUUUCCUCACCCCUACUCCUUCUUCCUGCCGAAGUGCGUAACAAGAUCUUCUCCUACGUCAACAGUGGUCUACAUAUCUAUAUGAGAUCUGGACCCGGCUUCGGGCCUGUCAUUUACAUAAAAAACGGCAGUCACGCGAAUGCAACUUUUGAGUAUCGACCAUUCCUUACUCCCCAGGGAAUCUGCCGUCAAAUCUAUAGUGAAACAGCGCUACUUCCUUUCACCACGAACGAGUACUGGUACUUCACCAAGAACUCGCUGGAAAUAUGCAAAUCCGUUUUUUGGGGUCAGCAAUUGCAAUGCAUCCGCUAUGUCUCCUUCGCUAUUACGAUUAUAAUGGGGAAAUUUGACCCAGUAAUCGGGAACUUCGAUGCAGGAAGGCUGGACGGCUUGAAAGCCUUCUCUGAUCUGCAAGAGGUCACUAUCUACUUAAACAUGGAGCAUCCAGAGGCUGAGCGUCGGUUCGAAGGCGUGAAGACGUUUCUGAAGGGCUAUCUGAAGGAAGUGGUAUCUGCGGGUGUGAAGAUUGUCUAUGAGCACCGCUAUCGGGAGGUUGACUUUGUCGCCUGGCCAACAAGCCUUGGGCGCCGAAUUCGGAAACCAGGAUCUCCAACGUUGAUGAUUUGA